GGGGGGGGGGGGAGCAAUCUGGUCGGCACUCGCACCACAUCGCGUGUCGACAUCGGGACCGAGACCAAGCACGACUGCGCCGCACCACUCGACGCACCGACUGACCAACCAUGUCCAGUGCUGAAGCGCUCAAGAACGAGGGCAACGCGGCCUUUACGGCCAAGGACUACGAGACGGCCGUGGCCAAGUUUACGGCGGCCAUUGAGGCCGACGCCAACUACCAUGUGGCGUACUCGAACCGCUCGGCGGCGUACUCAGCAAUGGGAAAGUACGACGAUGCUCUGGCUGACGCCGAGAAGGUGAUCGAGAUCAAGGGCGACUGGCCUAAGGGCUACCUGCGCAAGGCCACUGCGCUCCGGUUCCUGGGGCGGACUGACGACGCGAUGGCUGCCUACGACACUGGCCUGGAGGCUACGUCGGGUGCGCAGGCUAUUGCCGAUGCCAAGGCCAAGUUUGAGGCCGAGGCCGCGCCUGCCAAUCCGCUCGCCUCGCUCUUUGACGAGACGGUGUGGACUAAGAUUGCGACCAACCCGCAGACGCGCGAGUACAUGAGCCAGCCGGACUUUGUGCAGAUGAUCCAGGCGGUGCAGAAUGACAAGUCCGGGACUGCCGUCCAGCAGUACAUGCAGGAUCCGCGGUUCCAGGCCGUCUUCAUGAUGCUCCUCGGCGCCAACAUGCCGCCCGGCGCCAACAACCCAUUUGCGGCCGCCGCCGCCGACGGUGCGGCAGCCGCCGCCGAGUCAUCGGCCCCGCCGUCGAGCUCGCAGCCCGAGCCGGCGCCCGAGCCGGUGCCCGAGCCCGAGCCCGAGGUCGACGAGGAGGCCAAGGCCCGCGCCGAGACCAAGGCCCGCGCCGACGCUAUCAAGAGCGAAGGCAAUGCGCUGUACAAGAAGGGCAAGUUUGACGACGCACUCGCCAAGUACCGUGAGGCUGAGUCGCUCCUCCCUGACGAGGUCACGUACAUCCUCAACCAGGCCUCGGUCUUCCUCGAGAAGGGCGAGUACGAGACGUGCAUUGAGACGUGCGAGAAGGCUAUGGACGUUGCCCGCGAGACCCGCGCCGACUACGCCACCCUUGCCAAGAUCCUCACCCGCAAGGGCAACUGCUUCCUCCGCCAGAAGAUGUACGACGAGGCCAUUGCUGCGUUCGAGUCGGCUCAGCGCGAGCACCGCACCGCGCCCACGCUCAAGCUCAUCAACAAGACCAAGCGCCUCAAGCGCGAGGCCGCCGCCAAGGCGUACUACGACGACGACAAGGCCGCCGCCGCCAAGGCCGAGGGAAAUGACGCCUUCCGCGCCCAGGACUAUCCGACCGCUGUCAAGCACUACACCGAGGCUAUCAAGCGCAACCCGAAGGACCACACGUUCUACUCCAACCGCGCCGCGUCGUACAUCAAGCUCGGCGCCCUGCCCGAGGCUCUCAAGGACAUCGAGGCCUGCCUCGAGAUCAAGCCCGACUUUAUCCGCGCCUACUCGCGCCGUGGCCAGAUCGAGUUCCUCAUGCGUCAGUACCACAAGUGCAUCGACACGUACCAGACCAUGCUCGAGCUCGAGCCCGAGAACACAGAGGCCAAGGAGCAGAUGAUCAAGGUCGAGAACGCCAUCCGCGCCCGCGAGCUCAACCCGCCGGGCACUCCCGAGGAGCAGGAGGCCGAGCGCGCACGCGCCCUCUCCGACCCGGACAUCCAGCGCCUCUACGCCGACCCCAACGUCCAGUCGGCUCUCCAGGCCAUGGCCUCAGACCCCGCCGCCGCCAAGGACCUCAUGGCCGACCCGUCCAUGUCGGUCAAGAUUCUCAAGCUCCGUGCCGCUGGCGUCAUCCGCUUUGGCUAACGCGGGCAGUAAACAUCGCUUCGGCUCCCA